ACUACAUGUCCCAUCAUGCCUCGCUGCCGUGACGUCAUCGAGCGGCCAGGACGCCUUCUUCCUGCAUAGUGCUCGGGAGGCUGAGUGACGUCACGCCGUACGGUCUGCGGCCCGGGCUGGUUUUUGUAGUACUACAGGUAUCAUGCAGCCCCGACGGCCCGAGGGUUUCGAUGGCCUGGGAUACAAGGGAUCUGCCUGGGGUCGAGGAGACGAGGGCCCCCCGCCCUACCAGCACAGCUUCCCGGCAAGGUCAUUCAGCUCUUCCGGGGAUCUGUCACAACACUGGGUGACCACCCCGCCUGACAUCCCGGGGAGCCGCAACCUGCACUGGGGAGAGAAGACCCCGCAGUAUGGAGGAGACGGGAACGUGGCGCCCCCCGGCCUGGGGGAGGAGAACUGCAACGCUGGUGGCAGCGGGGAACAGCUCAGUCGAUUUGCUGGAUUUGGCAUUGGACUUGCAAGUCUCUUUACAGAAAAUGUACUGGCUCACCCUUGUAUUGUCCUGCGUCGACAAUGUCAGGUUAACUACCAUGCAAGGAAUUACCACUUGUCACCUUUUAGCAUAGUGAAUAUUAUGUAUAAUUUUACCAAGACUCAGGGUCCAAGAGCACUUUGGAAAGGAAUGGGAAGCACUUUUAUUGUUCAAGGUAUAGCACUUGGAGCGGAAGGAAUCUUGAGUGAAUUUACUCCUCUGCCUAGAGAACUUACACGUAAGUGGAGUCCCAGACAAAUUGGAGGGCAUAUUCUUCUUAAAGGCUUGGUGUAUGUAAUCGUUACUCCCUUCUAUUCAGCAAGCCUUAUUGAAACUGUACAGAGUGAGAUCAUCCGUGAUAAUCCUGGAAUUUUGGAUUGCCUAAAAGAAGGCAUUGGAAGAGUUAUUGGACUCGGAGUGCCCCACAGCAGACGUUUGUUGCCUCUUCUCGUUCUGACAUUUCCUACUGUCCUGCAUGGUGUGCUGCAUUAUAUCAUCAGCUCUUUAGUUCAGAAGUGUGUUUUAUUCUUCAUCAAGAAGAAGAAGACUCCUGCCCAGAUUCCAAGUGAAGGAGCCAAUGUGGCCCAAAACAUUUUGGAAGAUUAUUUCCCAGAACUCAUUGCUAAUUUUGCAGCAAGCCUAUGUGCCGACAUCAUACUGUUUCCUCUUGAGACAGUGAUGCACCGCCUUCACAUUCAAGGAACCCGCACAAUAAUAGAUAACACAGACCUAGGUUAUGAAGUGUUGCCUAUUAACACUCAGUAUGAGGGAAUGAAAGACUGUAUCAAUACUAUAAAGCGGGAGGAAGGGAUGCUGGGCUUCUACAAAGGCUUCGGAGCGGUAGUGGUACAAUAUACUCUUCAUGCUACCAUUCUGCAAAUAACUAAAAUAAUUUAUUCUGCUCUUUUACAAAAUACAGCAUGAGCAUGACUCACCCGUUUUGGCACAUGGGUAUAUUUCAUUUCAAGUUGCACCAUGCAUUUCUGGAAUACAGAAGAGAACAUCGUGCCAGAUUUCCCAGUAGGAUUUUAUAAACUGUGGAUAACAUGCAUAUGCUGUUGUAAUAAGUCUUGUUGUGUCAAUACUGAGGAUCCUAAUACAGUCCUUCAUGUGUACAGGCAGACUCAUCUACAGGUUGACUUUUGUGCCUGAAGAGCUGAAUUGCUCAUACUUUUGCUUUUUAGAAAUGAAGUUUAAUCUGUAAUUGCAUCACAAUGAAGACAAUUCCACCAAAAGAACAUGCUCAACAAUUUAUAUAGAAUCCACCUCCAUAAAAUUUGAGUAAUGUUAAACAUUUAAUAGUUGCACAAAUAAACUAGUCCAGAAAUGCUUUCCAAAUUCAUAAAUGGGCGAUGCCACUUAGAUAAACUUUUGACCUGUGACGCUUUAAAGGGGUACUCCGGCCCUAAGACCUCUUAUCCCCUAUCUGCUGGGGACCCCCGCAAUCUCUCAUGCAGCACCCACCUGUGGGAGCUGCACGCAGCGCUGCAGCCUCAAAGUCUGCCCUGUCACGACUACGGGGCUGGAGUAUCGUGAUGUCACGACUCCGCCCCAUGUGAUGUCACACCCCGCACCCUCAAUGCAAGUCUAUGGGAGGGGAUAAGAUGUCUUAGGGCUGGAGUACCCCUUUAAGGCUAAAUCUCCCAUAUUUUUAUGUGGACUCAGUCAGGUUUGAGUGACAGCUGAGAAAUGAGCCGCACUCUUCACCUAGCUUUAACUUAUGAUCAUAGUAGAUCUCGGGACUGAAAACUGGUAGGAUCUAAACUUAAUAUGUCUGGGUAACUUGUCAAAAGUUGUUACAAAUGACUGUGACACUUUAUGGAUAUGUCUUACAACAAGCUUACUGUGACAAGCAACAAUAUUAUGAAUACAUACUAGUGGCAAGGGACAUGUGGCACAGCUGAGGGUUACACAGGUCUUAAUCAGAUCUCAAUACAACAUUCCAAGACGCAAACCUUCCAUAUUCCCAUAUUUGGCGGUGAUACAAGUUAAAAGAUACUAUGGUCCUUUUGCAAACAUAUAGUAGAAAAUGUAAAUGGAGCCCUCAAUAACUGACUGCUUCUGCUUUACUUUUAGUCUAAUACAUACAGCGGGAGGGUAGUACGGGAAAGUAAUGAGAAGACUGCAUGGGACGUUAGCCAGGCCAACUCCUGAUGCAGUCUCCUGCUCACUUCCCCAAAACUACCCCCCCAUUGCCUGUAUGUUUUGGACAAACUACAGUAAAGCAGAAGCCAUAAGUUGGUGAGUGCUCUGUUUACUUUUACUACUAUGUGGUUGCAUAAAAAUUGUGAACAAAACUCUGGACUUAAAUACAAGUUGUAAUUCCAUUUCCUUACAAUGCUUUUGUAAAGUUACUCAGCUUUUAUGUGGAAUAUGGAAUCAGACAAUGCUAACUAUUAUUCCUACGCUGAUCUUCUACCCAGGUUAGAUAAACCUAACCCUGUGGCAUGCCCUCCUUAGUGCUGUGUGCAGAAAUAGAAGUGACAAAUGCUGUGGGUGCCUCUUAAAUGUAGAUCAGGGAUGCGAUGCAGCUAUUUCAGUGUGACUGUUGGUUGUUUUCUUUAAAGGGGUACUCCACUCCUAGACAUCUUAUCCCCUAUCAUCAUGACCACAGGCCCCCGAAGCCAGCGUUCUCAACAUUAUGUUCAGAAUUCCGGGGUGCUGGCUUGGAGUCCGUUGGGGGUCCUAGAGGCCAGACUCCCCACAAUCUUAUCCCCUAUCCUUUGGUAUAAGGCAAUGGCUUUAAAGCAUCACCCUCCUGUUGAAAAAAGAAGUUGAAUGGGAUCAUUGUAAACCAAAUUGAAUGAAUUGAAGAGAUGGUCCUAUGGGACAUUUUUCUCUGUAGUAAAAGUAUUGGCUGCAGCACAUAGCAACAAAAUUAACUGUUACUUUGUCAGAUGCACUUGGCAUAACAAAGUAGCGGAUAAUAGCUGAAAUGCUAAGGAACAGAUGACAGAAGGUUAAAGCUCUGUGAAAUUAUUUUGUAACUGCCAAAACACUUACAUCUUCUAGAAACAUUUGUUUUUGUAUUACAAUGUCAUUUUUCAGGCUUGGAUCAACAAAAUAAAUAUUAAGUUGCCCUGUUUCUGAGCUCAAGUUUGCGGCUGUAAAUAAAAACCUGGUAUACGGUGUCAAAGACCUAAAACCCAAACCAAAUGCCUUUAAAAGUAAGUCUUUGGAAUGCAAGUUUAUCUUGCUUUCAUCUGUUAUAUAUGAUCACAUUGUAUAGCAAAUAUUGUACUGCAAUGUUCCAUUUAGGGUAAGGUCACACGUGCCGUAUUUUGCUGCAUAUUUGCUGCUGCGUGGUUUUCUACCCAUUGAAGUCAAUGUUUAGCAAAAUCAGCUGCAUAUUUUGCUACCCAUCGACUUCAAUAGGUAGGAAAAUACUUAGCAGCAAAGUAUGGCAAGUGUGACCCUACCCUUAAGAUGCAUUAUCAAUCUGCUGAGGUCCCGCUUUACACAUUUAGUAUUACCUGUAGUUUCCUCAACACUGUAAUUUGGCCUUUUAAGCCUUAAACCUAUACUCCGAUUCAUAUUUUGACAAAAUAGUCAGUUGUUUAAAAAAAAAAAAAAAAAAUGUUUUUGUGAAUAUCUGAUGGACCUCUCCACCAUAUCAUUCCUUGCUCCUAACCCAAUAAGGCGUCUUAGCUUUCAUAAGAGCUGUACUCUAGGCUUUAGUGCUGUAUAAUAAAUGCAAGCCUGCCAAUGAUGGGGAAGAUUUUUCUGUUUGCACAAUAAACAAUAGGUUAGUAAUUUGCUUA